UCUGCCUGUUCACGUCUGCGUGCUUGGGGCUGGCGAAUUGAGGCAACAUGGCGUAGCACAGGGGAGAGGGGGCAGAUGGGAAAGCCGUAAGAGGGAACAAGAAAGAAACACAAAGGGAGAAGUUGAAAUACACUUUCUCGGGGUUGAGAAAACAGGUUGUAAUGGCGAACCAAAACUAACAGGGACGGAUGUUUUAGGAGGACACAGAAGAAAGGUUGUUUCAGCUGCGAAGGGGGGGGCUGGACGCCAGCGCAGGUCAAGAAAUAGUCCAAGAUGGCUGCAGCUUCUUAUGACCAGCUGCUAAAACAGGUGGAGGCACUGAAAAUGGAAAAUUCAAAUCUUCGUCAAGAACUAGAGGAUAACUCGAAUCACCUAACAAAACUUGAGACUGAGGCAUCAAACAUGAAGGAGGUUCUUAAGCAGCUUCAAGGAAGCAUUGAAGAAGAAUCCAUGGGAUCUUCGGGACAAAUUGACUUAUUGGAACGCCUUAAAGAGAUGAACUUGGAUGCCAGCAAUUUUCCUGGAGUAAAGUUAAGACCAAAGGUUCCUCUGCGUUCAUAUGGUAGUCGAGAAGGAUCCAUUUCUGGGAGGUCAGGAGAAAGUAGCCCUGUUCCUAUGGGGUCUUUUCCAAGAAGAGGCUUAUUGAAUGGAAGUCGGGAAAGCACUGGUUAUCUAGAGGAAUUAGAAAAAGAAAGAUCUCUACUAAUUGCUGAACUAGAAAAGGAAGAGAAAGAAAAGGACUGGUACUAUGCACAACUUCAAAAUCUUACCAAAAGGAUUGACAGUCUCCCACUCACUGAAAGUUUUUCUCUACAGACAGAUAUGACAAGGAGGCAGUUAGAAUAUGAUGCACGGCAGAUCAGAGCAGCAAUGGAGGAGCAGCUUGGAACUUGCCAAGAUAUGGAGAAACGAGCUCAGGUUAGAGUGGCUAGAAUUCAGCAAAUUGAAAAAGACAUGCUCCGUAUUAGGCAACAUUUGCAAUCACAAACUACAGAAAUGGAGAAGACUUCUCAAAUCAAGCAUGAUUCUUCUUGUGAUGCUGAAAGACAGAAUGAUGGAGGCCAAGGAACUACAGAGCCUGUUUUGGGCAACACCGGGUGUGGUCAGGGUUCGGGUUGUCGACUGGACCAUGAGACAGCUAGUGAUAUGAGCAGUAGCAGCAGUAGUUAUCCUGUUCCACGAAGAUUAACAAGUCAUCUUGGUACCAAGGUUGAAAUGGUGUAUUCUCUGCUAUCAAUGCUUGGCACCCAUGAUAAGGACGAUAUGUCACGUACUUUGUUGGCAAUGUCAAGUUCCCAGGAUAGUUGUAUAGCAAUGAGACAAUCUGGCUGUCUUCCUCUUCUAAUUCAGCUUCUCCAUGGAAAUGAUAAAGACUCGGUCCUGCUAGGGAAUUCACGGGGUAGCAAAGAAGCUCGUGCAAGAGCAAGUGCAGCACUUCACAAUAUAAUCCAUUCACAGCCAGAUGAUAAAAGAGGACGGCGUGAAAUAAGAGUUCUUCACCUAUUAGAGCAAAUCCGUGCCUACUGUGAAACCUGCUGGGAAUGGCAAGAAGCACACGAGAGAGGGGUAGAUCAGGACAAGAAUCCAAUGCCAUCUCCUGUGGAACAUCAGAUUUGCCCUGCAGUCUGUGUGCUUAUGAAACUAUCAUUUGAUGAAGAGCAUCGGCAUGCAAUGAAUGAACUUGGUGGACUGCAAGCUAUAGGUGAGCUACUGCAAGUAGAUUGUGAAAUGUAUGGAUUAACUAAUGACCACUACAGUGUUACUUUACGGCGUUAUGCUGGAAUGGCUCUCACAAAUUUAACCUUUGGAGAUGUUGCAAAUAAGGCUACUUUAUGUUCCAUGAAAGGAUGUAUGAGAGCAAUGGUGGCUCAGCUUAAAUCAGAGAGUGAGGAUUUACAGCAGGUAAUUGCAAGUGUUUUAAGGAAUUUAUCCUGGCGUGCUGAUGUUAACAGUAAAAAGACUCUUCGAGAAGUAGGAAGUGUUAAAGCCCUCAUGGAAUGUGCCCUGGAAGUCAAAAAAGAAUCAACCCUAAAGAGUGUUCUUAGUGCUUUAUGGAAUCUUUCUGCACACUGCACUGAAAAUAAAGCUGACAUCUGCUCAGUUGAUGGUGCAUUGGCCUUUCUGGUUGGCAGUUUAACCUACAGAAGUCAGACCAACACUUUAGCAAUAAUUGAAAGUGGCGGUGGCAUCCUAAGGAAUGUGUCCAGUCUGAUUGCCACAAAUGAAGAUCAUAGGCAAAUAUUGAGAGAAAAUAACUGUCUACAAACACUGUUACAACAUCUCAAGUCUCACAGUUUGACAAUAGUUAGUAAUGCUUGUGGAACUUUGUGGAAUCUAUCAGCAAGAAAUGCAAAGGACCAAGAAUCCUUAUGGGAUAUGGGAGCUGUGAGCAUGCUUAAAAAUCUCAUCCAUUCAAAGCAUAAAAUGAUUGCAAUGGGUAGUGCUGCAGCUUUGAGGAAUUUAAUGGCUAAUCGACCUGCCAAAUACAAGGAUGCCAAUAUCAUGUCCCCUGGAUCUAGCUUGCCAUCUUUACAUGUCAGGAAGCAGAAAGCACUAAUUGAAGAGCUAGAUGCACAGCAUUUAUCAGAAACAUUUGAUAACAUUGACAAUUUAAGUCCCAAAACGUCGCAUCGUAAUAAGCCAAGACAUAAACAGAAUGUAUAUAGUGAGUAUGUUUUAGAUCCUGGACGUCAUAAUGAUGAUGGAUUAUGUAGGUCUGAGAAUUUUACCAGUAAUCUGAGCAUUCAUCCUCCAUACAUGAAUACUACUGUUUUGCCUGGAUCAUCCACAAGAGAAACUAGAGGCAAUAUUGAGAGCUCUAGGACUGAUAAAGAAAGGAGCCUCGACAGGGAGAGAAAAGGAUCUUUACCAAGUGGUUACCAUUCUGUACCUGAAGGCAAUUCUAAAAGAAUUGGAUUACAAAUGUCUACCACUGCAGCACAGAUUGCUAAAGUUAUGGAAGAAGUCCAAAGCAGCAUGCAGCUAUCCCAAGAUGAACGAAGUGCUGCAGGGGACAAGCAUUGCAUGCAGGAAGAAAGGAGUGGUUUGAGAAGACAAGCUGCCACACACAGUCAUAGUAAUGUCUAUAACUUCACUAAGACUGAUCAUUCUAAUAGGACAUGUUCUGUGCCCUAUGGAAAUAUAGACUACAGAGCCUCUAAUGACAGUCUUAAUAGUGUCAGCAGCAGUGAUGGAUAUGGCAAAAGAGGUCAAAUGAAGCCAUCCAUUGAAUCUUACUCGGAGGAUGAUGAAGGCAAGUUUUGUAGUUAUGGAAAGUACCCAGCUGAUUUAGCUCACAAGAUACAUAGUGCCAAUCACAUGGAAGACAAUGAUGGAGAAUUGGACACACCAAUAAAUUAUAGUCUUAAGUAUUCAGAUGAGCAGUUAAACUCUGGAAGACAGAGCCCAAGCCAGCAUGAAAGAUGGCUAAGACCUAAACACCUGGUGGAAGAAGAAAUGAAAAGGAAUGACCAUAAAUCCACAAGAAUGCAAAAUCAAAGUUAUUCAAUGUAUAAUGAAAACAGCGGUGAAGCAGAUGAUAAACACAUGAAAUUUCAGUCCCUAUUUGGACAGCCAGAAUGUGCUGGUCCUUUUAGAUCAAGGGGAUCCAACAGCUCAGAGCAAAGUAGAGCUAGUUCUAAUCAUGCUAUUAACCAAAAAAUGAAUCAGUCACUGUGCCAGGUAGAUGAUUAUGAUGAUGAUAAGCCAACCAACUAUAGUGAAAGAUAUUCUGAAGAAGAGCAACGUGAAGAUGAUCAACCAACAAACUAUAGCAUAAAAUACAGUGAUGAUCAGCAUCAUGUUGAGCAGCCAAUUGACUACAGUGUGAAGUACACUUCUGAUAUUCAGCCCUCUCAAAAAUCAAGGUUUACCCAUUCAAAGACAACAUCUGCUACUAAUAUAACCAAGGAACUUAAAAGCCAAAAUUCUGGAAACUCUGCGGCAGCCAAAUCUUCUAACAGACAAAAUCAACUUCAUCCCUCUUCAGCUCACACAAGAACAGGUUCUACUCAGGUACUGCAGAAACCAGCGUCAUGUAAAGCUCCAUCCAUUAAUCAAGAAACAAUUCAAACAUAUUGUGUCGAAGAUACACCAAUCUGUUUUUCACGAGGCAGUUCUUUGUCUUCACUGUCAUCUGCAGAGGAUGAAAUGGAAGGACGUGAACAGUCUGCAAACGUCUCAAGUAACUACCCUACCUUACCCAUUGCUGACAAAGAAUCUACCAGUGUCCUGUGUACAGAUCCUCCAGUAGCUGAAAGUCAACCACCGCCUCAGUAUGUGAGAAUAAAAACUUCACGACAUCAUGGAGCCAACGUUUCAGGCACUGAUGGUUCUAGACACAAGGCUGUUGAAUUCUCUGGUGCCAAAUCUCCAUCAAAAAGUGGUGCACAAACUCCUAAAAGCCCUCCGGAACAUUAUGUACAAGAAACUCCUCUAAUGUUUAGCAGGUGUACUUCGGUCAGCUCUUUGGAUAGUUUUGAAAGCCACUCAAUUGCUAGUUCAGUGCAGAGUGAGCCAGGAAGUGAAAUGGUCAGUGGCAUUAUUAGUCCAAGUGAUCUCCCAGACAGUCCUGGACAAACAAUGCCCCCAAGCAGAAGCAAAACCCCUCCACCACCUCAUCCAGUUUCCGUGAAAAAUAAAGUCAAAAUACCAACUAGCGCCGAAAAAAGAGAUUUGGCCCCGCGCCAUGUUGCUGUGAGUGCUGCUGUUCAAAGAGUCCAGGUGCUGCCAGACAAUGAUACAUUAAUGCAUUUUGCAAUAGAAAGCACACCUGAUGGCUUCUCUUGUGCAUCAAGCUUAAGUGCUUUAAGCCUUGAUGAGCCUUAUAUUCAGAAAGAUGUUGAAUUAAGAAUAAUGCCUCCAGUUCAUGAAGAUGACAAUGGUAUUGAGGGAGAGACAGAAAAGGAGGAAGAUACAAAAGAGAAUAAAGUUAAGGAUAAACCAGAAGUACUAAAUGAACCUGAAAAGGAUAUACUUGAUGAUUCGGAUGAUGAUGAUAUUGGAAUACUAGAGGAAUGUAUUAAUUCUGCUAUGCCAACUAAGUCUUCAAGGAAAAACAAAAAGCCAUCCCCAUCUGGCACGUCAAGAAUUCCCCCGCCAGUAGCCAGAAAGCCUAGUCAGUUGCCAGUGUAUAAACUUCUCCCACCUCAAAGCAGAGGUCCUCAAAAGCAUGUCAGUUUUACACAUGGAGAAGACAUGCCUCGGAUCUAUUGUGUUGAGGGUACGCCAAUAAAUUUUUCAACUGCAACAUCUCUUAGUGAUCUUACAAUAGAUUCUCCCCCUAAUGAGUUAGCUGCAGUUGACAGUAUUGGUGGCAACACUGUAUCUGCUCACAUGGAAAGACGUGAUACAAUUCCAACAGAAGGAAGAAGCACUGAUGGCAAAGAUGCAGGGAAAAAUUCUUCGGUAUCUGCUUCUGAACUAGAUGAUGAAAAAGCAGAAGGUGAUGAUAUUCUUGCUGAAUGCAUCAGCUCGGCAAUGCCAAAAGGUAAAAGUCAUAAACCUUUCAAAGUAAAGAAGAUUAUAGAUCAGGUACAACAGUCAUCAGGCAGCAGCACUCAGCUAGACACAGAUAAAAGGAAGCCUACUUCACCAGUAAAGCCUAUGCCUCAAAAUAGUGAAUAUAGAGCACGUGUGUCUAAAAGGACCGAGGCAGUCAGUUAUCCCUCUGAUAGCCCCUACAAUGAAACAAGCAAAGCUCAUAAAAAACGGGAGCCUAAAAAUAUUUCUACAGAGUGUUCUGACAAACCUCCCAAUAGUGAAGAAUGUCCACGUGGAAGCUUUGCCUUUGAUUCUCCUCAUCAUUACACUCCAAUAGAGGGUACCCCAUAUUGCUUUUCACGAAAUGAUUCAUUAAGUUCACUAGACUUUGAAGAGGAUGACCUUGAUUUUUCAAAAGAGAAAGCCGAACUUAAAAAAGAAAAAGAGCAGAAAAAAGUACCUGUAAAAAAAGUAAAUGAACAGGCUUCAAACCAGUCAUCUGUUAAUAGAGCCAAUAUGUACCAGAGGCCAGCUCAAAGCAGAACCAUUACAAAACCUUUACUGCAAAAACAAACAUUUCCUCAGGUAUUAAAAGAAAAUACAGGUUCUGUGACAGAUGAAAAAUUGCAGAAUUUUUCGAUUGAGGAUACUCCAGUCUGCUUUUCAAGGAAUUCUUCACUUAGCUCUCUGAGUGAUAUUGAUCAGGAGAAUAAUAAUAAAGAAAUGCGUCUUUCCCACAAGAAAGAGCGCACCAGUGUAGAGGUAGAAGGGACAAGGCCACAGGGUUUGGGCUAUGCUCCAAAAGCAUUUCAUGUUGAAGAUACGCCUGUUUGUUUUUCUAGGAACAGUUCUCUGAGUUCUCUUAGCAUUGAUUCAGAAGAUGAUCUUUUGCAAGAGUGUAUUAGUUCUGCAAUGCCUAAAAGGAAAAAGCAGACUACCAGACCAAAAGAUGAAGAUGGUGGAUUAAGCAAUGAUAAAAACAUGGUUGGUAUGGUAACAGAGGAGUCAGAUUUAACUUUAGAACUGAGAGACAUCCAAAGUCCAAUUUCUGAGCAGGCUCUCUCUCCAGACUCUGAAACAUUUGAUUGGAAGGCUAUUCAGGAAGGUGCCAAUUCUAUUGUAAGCAGCUUACAUCAGGCAGCUGCUGCUAGUCUUUCUAGACAAGCCUCAUCAGAUUCAGAUUCAAUCCUGUCCCUUAAGUCUGGAAUAUCUUUUGGCUCUCCCUUUCAUCUUACACCUGAUCAAGAAGAAAAACCUUUCACUUCAAAUAAAGGUCCAAGAAUAUUAAAAGCUGGAGAGAAGAGCACAUUAGAAUCUAAGAAGAAAGAUGAAGAACAGAUCAAAAGUCUAAAGGGAGGUAAAAAAGUUUAUAAAAGUUUAAUCACUGGGAAGGCACGGCCUAGUACUGAAAACACUUCCUCACAGCCAAAGCAGCCUCAUCCUGUUCCUGCUGUUCCCGUGAUUUCCCGUGGACGAACUAUGAUCCAUAUUCCUGGAGUCCGUAACAGCUCCCCUAGUACAAGUCCAGUGUCUAAAACUACACCUCCCAAAAAUUCUACCUCAAAAGGUUCCACUCCAGCUCAAAUAUCCAGCAACUCUCCCAGAAGUGGUAAACCACCAGGAAAAUCUGAGACCAGCUCUGUAAACAAACAGCAGUGUGCUCAGGGUGGAUCAAGUAAAGGUUCUUCCAGAUCAGGAUCAAGAGAUUCAACACCCUCCAGGCCUGCGCAACAGCCAUUAACAAGACCUGUUCAGUCACCUGGCCGCACUUCUAUAUCCCCAGGGCGAAAUGGUAUUAGCCCUCCAAAUAGGCUGUCCCAGCUUCCUCGCACAUCUUCCCCAAGUACUACAUCAGCUAAAUCCCCAGGAAGAAUGACUUAUUCUUCACCUGGUAGACAUCUAAGCCAGCAAACCCCAACCAAGCAAAGUGGCCUGCCCAGAAGUGCCAGUGGCAUUCCAAGAAGUGAAUCUGCCUCAAAGGGGCUAAACCAGAGUGCUGCUCCAGGGGCUAACAAAAAGGUAGAAUUAUCUAGAAUGUCAUCAACAAAAUCAAGUGGAAGUGAGUCUGAUCGAUCGGAAAGACCUAUUUUGGUACGUCAGUCGACAUUUAUCAAAGAAGCCCCUAGCCCGACACUAAAAAGAAAGCUUGAAGAAUCUGCUUCAUUUGAAUCAUUAUCUCCUUCAUCAAGGCCAGUUUCUCCUAGCAGAUCUCAAUCCCAAACACCAGUAUUAAGUCCAUCACUGCCAGAUAUGUCCUUGACUUUGCCCAAUCAAGGUAGUUGUUGGAAAAAGUCAUCCCCAAGCCAAAACUCUUCUUCUGAAAAUGGAGAUGGACGGUCUUUGAGGAGGCAUGAUAUUUCCCGUUCUCAUUCAGAAAGUCCUUCUAGACUACCAGUGAACCGAUCAGGCACAUGGAAACGAGAACACAGCAAACAUUCUUCUUCAUUGCCAAGAGUCAGCACUUGGAAAAGAACUGGAAGCUCAUCCUCUAUUCUUUCUGCCUCUUCUGAAUCAAGUGAAAAAGCAAGAAGUGAAGAUGAAAAACAACAUUCAAGUUCCAUGCAGGUAAACAAACACAGAGAAAACCAUGGCCCUUUAAAGGGAACAUGGAGAAAAAUUAAAGAAAGCGAAAUCCCUCAGCUUCUGACUAACCAAACGCAAAAUAUAUCUGCUGAUGUAGCAGGUGGUGACUCUAAGCCACUGGUUUAUCAAAUGGCUCCUGCUGUUUCUAAAACUGAAGAUGUGUGGGUGAGAAUUGAGGACUGUCCAAUUAAUAAUCCCAGAUCUGGAAAAUCGCCAACUGCAAAUACUCCACCCAUUAUUGAUGGCUAUUCUGAAAAAUUGACUGAUGAGACAGAAGGGUGUAAUUCAAAGACAAAACAUUUAGUAGGGACUGAUGGAACUCCGGUUCGCAUUUCUGGAUUAGACACUCGUUUAAAUUCAUAUGUAAAAAAUGAAAGCACUGAAAAGAGAACAGCUGAUGCCAAAACCUCAGCAGGUAAUCCUGCUGCAACACCAGACACCUGUGAAAAUACUCUCAAUGAGCGCACACCCUUUAGUUCUUCAAAUUCUAGUAAGCACAGUUCACCCAGUGGUGCUGUAGCUGCCAGAGUGACUCCUUUUAAUUAUAAUCCCAGCCCCCGGAAGAGCAGUACAGAUAACACCUCUGUUCGGCCCUCACAAAUUCCAACACCUAUAAACAGCAGCGCAAAAAAGCGUGACUCCAAAGGAGAAGGUGCAGAUUCUAGUGGAAACCAGAGCCCUAAGCGACUUUCUGGGUCAUACCUUGUAACAUCCGUGUAAAAUGGAGAUGAUGACUUGAACUCUGGUUGAAACAUUUUAAAUAAAGUACUUUGGUGCAUUUUUGCUGUAUAAACUGCUGGAACAAAAACAUUUUUGUAAAUAUAUAUUUUUUUUCCUUUAUUCAAGAGGGUAAGUGUUCCAUAAGCCAUAUUUGACAAAGGCACUGUCAUUUUGCUGAUUAAAAUGUGGCUGGCACACUUAAUAAACAGAACGAGGUUGCUGUAGUUGGCAAGAAAAUUUGUAUUGUACAGAUUGUUUUACAUUUAUUUACUAUUUAAGCAGAAAGAAUCUGCCACAAUCCUGUGUGUCUUGCUUGUCUUUUAAAAAGAGAACAAAUUAACUAGAACACUACACAUUUUGGAGGCAGUAAAUCACUAAUAUACUGUGCUGUACUAAUUUUAAUAUUUAAAUUUUUUUCCUGAUCAGUUUCCCAAUGCCCAUUUGGCUGUAGAUCAGUUGCACAAAGCAAAAUCAUUAAAUAUAAUGAUUGUGCUAUUCCAUUUAAAACUUCCCUGGUCCCUGCUCUGUUGCAUGAUUUAAACUGAUGGUUUGUUUCCUGAAGUAAAGAUUAACAUUUCUGUGGUCACAUGAUGUGCAUAGAUAGCUAUGGUGUAACAAUUUACACUGUGUGUGUGCUCUGAAACUAAAUAAGGAGUUAUCUGUAACCCUGAAACAUGGAUGAGGUUAUUUUACCUGAAAUAGAUUAUUGGAAAUUAGGAGGUUCCUUUGCUAUGCUGUUAACAUGUUGUAUAUUCCGUUAUUUGAGGUGAGAUGGCUGCUCUUUUAAUAAUGAGACAUGGGUAUUGUCUCAAAAGGACUAAAUGAAAAUUGCAAAUAAAUUAUUACUGUAUGUA